AUGAAAAUUAAAGCUCUCAUUAUCGGAGCCACUUUGGCAUUCUUGAUAAAGGUUGUGAUUGGAUUUUUUGAUUUCUUCAAGAGCGUCCCUAUUAUCAAUACAUAUUCGAAUUGUGAAUACUUGGAUACAGACAUUGUUGGUCCAGAGGAUAUGCAAAAAUACAACAAGACAACAAUCAUUGUAGGAUCUGGAGACUUCCAUAAGUUAUGGUCACAUGGAAAACCCAUUUUAGAAUAGCUAGGACUUUAUGCAAUCGUAAAUACUCAAGAUGAGAAACCAAAAGUAGUGAAAUUAGGAAUUUAGAAUUUUCCAAACGACAUUUCACUUUAUGUACAUGGAUUGUAUAUUAGAAAACAAGAAGAUGGGGAAUACAUCUAUGCUCUCAAUCAUGCAUAUUAGAAUGGUGGAGAAAGAAUAGAAGUCUUCAAAAUCAAGGAUGAGCAUCUUAAUUUGGAAUAUCAACAUUCUAUAAUUAUGGAUGAAAACUAUAAUGGAGUGUUGAACGAUCUAAUCGUCAUUGAAGACAAUAGAUUUUUAAUUACUAAAUACUUGCCAUAUGCAGAUCCUAAAGAAGGAAGGUCUGAAAUGGCUCCUUCUCAUUUUAUUAAGACAUUAUUUAUUUGGAUAAGUCAAUAACGAACUUCAUUUAUAAUUGAUUGUAAAUUUCAAAAGGAUUCCACUAUCAUUAAACCAUAAUGCAUUGAACUGCUUGAUCCUUCACUUACAGGGGUAGUUUUAAAUGGGAUUACUUGGAACUAAAAAAAUUUGGUUUGGGCUGCCGACAGCAUAGCCAGAUAAUUGAACGAAUAUGAACUUACAAGUCAAGGAUUAAUAUUCAAAAGAUACAUCGAUGUCUAAAAUUCAAUUGAUAAUUUAGAAUAUGACUCUGAGAGGAACUCUUUGAUUCUUGGACUUAUCCCAAAGAUGAAUGGAUUCUUGAAAGGAUUAACUAGAUUGGAUAGGCAAUCCAAAUAUGAUUAUUAUGGAACAGUAGGAGAAUAUGACUUAUCAUAAAAUAAACUAACUUAUCUGGCUUAAAGUACUGAAUUAUCGAAAGGACUAUCUGGAGCCCUUAUUAGUGGUAAUAAUUUAUUUGUUGGAAGUUGGUGUGAUUUCACGGUAGUCAUAUGCAAGAAAUAGUGA